AUGUUUGUCGGAAGUAUAAUAGUUAGUGCUGAUGACUGCAACAAUGAGAGAUGGUUCUUUUGGCUCUUUAUGGCGAUGAAAAAGACUGAUGCGAGGUGUGCUGAUAAAAUCAGGGGCGGAGCUGUUAGCGAGGUGGGUGGUACCAUGGACCCACCUAAAUUUGCGAAAUCCGGUAACCAGUAUGACAUGUGUGAUAUGUCAAAUCUCCCAUCCGAUCCUGGUUUACGACCUAAAAUUUCAGAUUAUGAUCCAAAUGAUCAAAAUGAGGUUCGAAGAGCUUAUCUACUAAAGGGUCCUUGUGGUCAUGACGCAUUUUUAAAUGUUGGGUUUAGUAGUUGGAAUCAUUGUAGCAGGAUCAAAGACCAUAUUGGUAGCACUGGGAGUUCUCACAAUACAACUUAUCAAAAUGGUCAAGAUUUGUUGAACGAAAGUCAACAUCUUGAGACAGUUCUUUCAAGACAAUCUACCGAAAAAAACAGGCACCGUUUGCGUCUACAAUCAUCACUGAAAAUCAUUCGAUUUCUAUUACGUCGAGGAUUAUCUUUUCGUGGCCAUGAUGAGUCAGAAGAUUCAGAUGAUCCUGGUAAUUUUCUUGACGGAAAUCACAAGCUAACAUCUCCAGAUAUUCAAAAAGAUCUUGUAAAUGUUGCAGCCGUGGAAACCGUGAAUACAAUCAUAAAAAAUUUAGGAGAUGAAUUGCUUGCGAUUUUAAUUGAUGAAUCUCGUGAUGUAUCAGUAAAAGAACAAAUGGGUGUUGUGAUAAGAUAUGUAGAUAAAAAGGGAUGUAUUGUGGAGUGGUUUAUCGCAAUGAUACAUGUUCCCAACACUACUUCACUUUCAUUGAAAACAACAAUUGAGGAAUUAUUUGCAAGGCAUGGGUUGAGCAUUACAAAGUUGCGUGGGCAAGGUUAUGAUGGUGCCAGUAAUAUGCAAGGCGAGUACAACGGAUUGAAAUCAUUAAUUUUGAAAGAGAACAAGAGUGCAUAUUAUAUACAUUGUUUCGCACAUCAACUUCAGUUGGCUCUUCUUCAUGUUGCCGAGAAUAUUCCAGAAAUAAAUACAUUUUCACUCUCGUUACAAGAGCAACAAAAACUGCAAGAGCUUCAUGCAAGUGCCGUGAUAUUCUGCGAGCAAAAGAAGUUGAAAGAAUACAAAGACUACUUGAGACUAGUGAAUUAUCAACUGGUCAAGGUCUUAAUCAGGAAAUUGGCAUCAAACGACCUUACACGCUAG